ACUUGAGGCAGUGCUGGGAGCCCGGCGGAGAGCUGCGGAACUGAAAUGAAGCGCACUCACAGAUCGACUCACACCGUGCAGCACCGUGCGGCUCAUGAAGAGGCUUCUCUCCGCUUCAGCUCAAGCCUACUGCGGCUGAAUGAAGGGCUCCGUCCAUGCGGAGGCUAGCGCUCUUCCUGCUGCCCUGUGCUGUCGCCGUGCUGGUGCACUUGUGGUUGGCACAACGACCCUCCUCCUUCUUCUUCUUCACUCCGCUGGACAGCAGCACACGCUCGGGUGGGGGUGGGGUUGGCCAUGUGGUAUUUGUUUGAGCAGUAUGGAUGAACCCUUGCCUUUCUUUGAAGUUUUGGUGGGAGUGCUGUCAGCAAGGCACCAUCAUGACCUCCGACAAGCGAUAAGAGACACGUGGCUGGGAUACAUUAGAGAUCACCCGCACUUCCAGCACAGAGUGGCGGUGAAGUUUAUCGUGGGUCGACAUGGGUGUCCCAUUCCAGAAGAGGACAGGGAGGAUCCUUACUCUUGCUCCCUCCUGAACUUCAGCGAGCCAGUGCCGGGACAGGAUACAGAGAUGGAGAUCGUAACGGUGGCUGACCCCUCGUUGCUCGUCCCAUCCGAUGUGUCAGCUAUCGCUCUGGACUUUAAAGUCCUGCACCCGGUGGUGAUAACCAGGCUCGGGGUGUUUUCCAGUGGGACACAACCUGAACUUCACAGCAAUGUGACGGUGAAGCUCCUGCAGCUGGACCAGGAGGAGGCUGUAGUCACAGCCCGCUUCAGCUCCAUCAGCAUGGGGACCAUGGCAAACUGGGUUUGGUACAAACCAGUGGAGCAGUUCAUCUUGCCCAAGGGUUUUGAGGGGACGCUGGUGUGGGAGAGUCAGGACUCCGCUUCACUGACCUCUGUCAACUCCUCCUCUGUGGAGCUCAAUGAUGGAGGAGGCGUCCUCAAGAUCUCCUCUAUUGCAGAGGGCAUAUUGCCUCAUAGAAGUGCUCUCGGAUUUCCAGGUUUGGCUGGAGGCUUCACAUUUACGAUCUACGAUGAAGACGGAUUGUCGUGGCUCCUGCAAGGCCGCGCUGCCAGAAUGGAGAAGCAUGCCUCCAGUUUGAGGCGGGAGGAUGCCGAUCUGCAGGAGGAAAGCCUCCGGCAUGGAGAUAUGGUGUUUGUAGACGUGGUGGACACCUACAGGAACGUGCCUUCCAAGUUGCUUCAGUUCUAUAAAUGGUCCGUGGAAAACGCUGACUUUAAUCUGCUGCUGAAGACGGAUGAUGAUUGUUACAUCAACGUGGAUUCGGUGUUAAUGAAAAUUGACCACAAGAGUCUGAAGCGCAGAAACCUCUGGUGGGGGAAUUUCAGACAGAGCUGGGCCGUGGAUCGAAUCGGGAAGUGGCAGGAGCUGGAGUACGCCAGCCCAGCUUACCCGGCGUUCGCCUGCGGAUCGGGGUACGUGGUCUCCCGUGACCUGGUCCAGUGGCUUGCCAGUAACGCGAAGAAGCUGAAAGCCUAUCAGGGAGAAGAUGUAAGCAUGGGAAUAUGGAUGGCAGCCGUCGGACCGCAGAAAUAUCAGGACGCCGGCUGGCUGUGUGAGAAGGAGUGCUACCUGGACAUGCUGUCGUCUCCACAGCACACGGCCAAGGAGCUGCACAUCUUCUGGGACAGGAAGAGGAUCUGCGGAGAUCCCUGUGAGUGUCCCCGGGACAACUGAUGGUGGUCCACUCCAACCCUCACCGCCUGGCACUCUGGGAAGACCUUCGACUUCAAAAACCAAAAGCAGAUUUAUUUCACGUCCACGUUGGACACCGAGCCGUCAGGGUUACCAUCAAGUUCCCUCAGUCCUGAACUGGCUGGUCAGUCUGCCGGAGUGCUCUGCUGAUUUAAAGACGAGCGGCGUGUCCUGGUAGAGAAAGCUGUAAGGAUGGGAUCUGGCAGUACAAAGACAAGACUGUAGGUCAGGCAGGUUGCCAAGGCCAGACCAGUCGAGCAGUUUAUCCCAAAAAAAAUAAAAACGCUUUUGGAAGCGUCCCAACACUUCUCCCUCCAGCAUCAGUAAGCAUAAAGCUACAAUCUGCUGUCCACAUCAAAGAGCAAGAAGAUGAUUAAAGUACGAUUUGAAUUUUCAUCAAAUCCCAACAGAAGGCACAGAACUUUUAAAGUCUUAGACUUUAGCUCUCAUCACCAGCUGAACUUCAACAUCUAACCAUCUUAUUUGUUUUAUUGCAUUAAUUUACAUCAGAGCUGCAGACCAUGAUAAUUUUUUAUGCCCAUAUUUAAAUGGUAAGAAAGCUGUAGCAGGGUGCAACACUUUGGGGGAUGUUUCGGACACCUUGUUGAAUCUAUGCAACAAAGAAUGUGGGCUGUUCUGAAGGCAAAAGAGGAUCCAACCAGAGAUUCUGGUCCAAAUGGAUAUUAUAUGGAGUAAAAUAUGUCACAAUUUCUUAACAAAGAUAGAAAUCUGGUCAUCUCUGUAAUGCCCGGGUUCCAUCCACAAUCAAUACUUGCGUUUAUACUCCAUCACAUGCUGGACCCAAAUCUUAACAUUUUGGGUUAUUUUUCCAUGUUUCAAAACAAAUAUCAAAUGUAUAUUUAUAAUUUGUGUUCAGUCAGUUAUGUGAUCAAAACGGAUCACUUUGUUCAAAGUUAAAUUACAUGCAUAGCAUCUUUAUAAGCAAUCAAAAAUCUGUAUUUUUCCAUAUUAAGUUUAUAAUUUUUAAGCACAGCAUUGAAUUGUCUUAAAUGUUAGUUUCAAAAUAAAACGUCUCCAUUUAUAAACAGA